CGGCUGGGUCCUCAUGUCUGCCUCUCUGGGUUCGGGAGUGGCUGCUGCCCUGGCUGGGCGCCCUCCAUGGGUAGUGGGCAUUGCACACUGCCCCUCUGCUCCUUUGGCUGUGGGAGUGGCAUCUGCAUCGCUCCCAACCUCUGCUCCUGCCAGGAUGGAGAGCAAGGGGCCACCUGCCCAGAAGCCCAUGGACCCUGCGGGGAGUAUGGCUGUGACCUGACCUGCAACCAUGGCGGCUGUCAGGAGGUGGCCCGAGUGUGCCCUGUGGGCUUCUCGAUGACAGAGACAGCCGUUGGCAUCCGAUGUACAGACAUUGAUGAGUGUUUAAGCUCUUCUUGCGAGGGCCAGUGUGUGAACACGGAAGGCGGGUUUGUGUGCGAGUGUGGGCCGGGCAUGCAACUCUCUGCUGACCGCCACAGCUGCCAAGACACCGAUGAGUGCCUGAGGACCCCCUGUCAGCAGAGAUGUAAAAACAGCAUCGGCAGCUACAAGUGUUCCUGUCGCGCAGGCUUCCACCUCCAUGGCAACCGGCACUCCUGUGUAGAUGUAAAUGAAUGCCGGAGGCCGCUGGAGAGGCGAGUGUGUCACCAUUCCUGCCAUAACACCGUGGGCAGCUUCCUGUGCACAUGCCGCCCUGGCUUCCGGCUCCGAGCUGACCGCGUGUCCUGUGAAGCUUUCCCGAAAGCUGUGCUGGCCCCAUCGGCCAUCCUGCAGCCCCGGCAGCACCCCCCCAAGAUGCUCCUGCUGCUUCCAGAGGCCGGCAGGCCUGCCUUGUCUCCAGGACACAGCCCUCCUCCUGGGGCUCCAGGGCCCCCUGCAGGAGUCAGGCUCACCCACCUGCCACCUCCCACCCCGGCACUACUUACAGCCUCCCCCUCUGCCCCGAUGCGGCUGCUCUCCACCCUGAUGGCCACUCCAGUGCCUACCGCCUCACUGCCGGGGACCCCCAGGCCUCCCUCACUCUUCCAGGGGGAGGCGGUGGGGACCCCCUCUUCACCCAGAGGCCCCGAGGUCCUGGCAACAGGACCCUCUCCCUGCUGGCACCUGGGAGCCAUGUAUGAGUCAGGGGGCCGCUGGACCGAGCCUGGAUGUUCCCAGUGCUGGUGCAAGGAUGGGGACGUGACCUGUGAAAAAGUGAAGUGUGAAGAGGCUUGUUCCCACCCAGUUCCCUCUAGAGAUGGGGGGUGCUGCCCGUCGUGCACAGGCUGCUUUCACGGUGGCGUCAUCCGAGCUGAAGGGGAUGUGUUCUCACCUCCCAAUGAGAACUGCACGGUCUGCGUCUGUCUGGCUGGAAAUGUGUCCUGCAUCUCCCCUGAGUGUCCUCCUGGCCCCUGUCAGACACCCCCACAGUCAGAUUGCUGUAACUGUGUUCCCGUGAGAUGCUACUUCCACGGCCGGUGGUAUGCGGAUGGGGCUGUGUUCAGCGGGGGAGGCGAGUGCACCACCUGUGUCUGCCAGAAUGGGGAGGUGGAAUGUUCCUUCACACCAUGUCCAGAGCUGGACUGCCCCCAGGAGGAGUGGUGGCUGGGCCCUGGGCAGUGCUGCUUCACCUGCCGGGAGUCCAUGCCCACGACAGGCUGCUCUCUCGAUGACAACGGGGUUGCAUUUCCGAUUGGACAGAUCUGGUCGCCUGGUGACCCUUGUGAGUUAUGCAUCUGCCAGGCAGAUGGCUCAGUGAGCUGCAAGAGGACAGACUGCGUGGACUCCUGCCCUCACCCGAUCCGGAUCCCCGGACAGUGCUGCCCGGACUGCUCGGCAGGCUGUACCUACACAGGCAGAAUCUUCUACAACAACGAGACCUUCCCGUCUGUGCUGGACCCAUGCCUGAGCUGCAUCUGCUUGCUGGGCUCAGUGGCCUGCUCACCUGUGGACUGCCCCAUCACCUGCACCUACCCUUUCCACCCUGAUGGGGAGUGCUGCCCGGUGUGCCGAGACUGCAACUAUGAGGGACGGAAGGUGGUGAAUGGCCAGGUGUUCACCUUGGACGACGAGCCCUGUACCCAGUGCACGUGCCAGCUGGGAGAAGUGAGUUGUGAGAAGGUGCCUUGCCAGCUGGCCUGCCCUGACCCCUUGACCCCUGGAGACUGCUGCUCCUCCUGCCCAGAUUCCCCAUUUCCUCUGGAAGAAAGGCAAGGGCUCUCCCCUGGAGACGUGGUGUUCAGCAAAGCUGCUCGGAGCCCCCGCGGAGACCUCGAGCCCGUUGUCAACUGCAGCUCCUGCCCCGGGCCUCCAGCAGCCCCCGCUCCAAGGCCAGUGCUCCUCCUUCUCCAGCUCCUCUUACGAAGGAACUCGUCUCACAUCCAGCCUUUGCCUACAAGCUCCUCAGGAGUCCAGGCCUCACCCUCACCCCCUUUGGGGCCAUGGGAUACUUUUCCAGGGGAGCCUGGGGCCUCCCAGCUCCCUCAACUCUCACCAGGGUCUUCAAUCCCUCCGGGAGCCUCCACUCUACCUCCAGCCCCAUCAGGGGCUUCUCAGCCUCCUCCUGUUACUCCAGAGCGCUCCUUCUCAGCCUCUGGGACCAGGACAGCAUCCAGGUGGCCUUCUCUGCCUGCCACGCUCCUGCCUGAAACUUCAGCACUUUCUGCAACGGACCCCGGCCCCUCAGCGACCCCCAUCCCUCUCCUCAGGCCUCGCAGACUCUCCCCCACCACCUCCAGACUUUUGGCAGCUAAUACUGCCACCUCUGGACCCAGCCCCCAGCAGCUCACGACAGGGACCUCAAGGGAGGAAGAGUCCAUCGUGUAAGCAGACCCCUGCUGGAGACCAGACAGAACCUUGGCCGGUGGCCCAGGGAGCGUGGAGGGUGGCUCAGGGUGCACCUGGGAGGUGAUGCCGGGGGCUUAUACCUGCAGGCCUCCUGGCUGUGGUGGGAAACCCCAAGGCUGGAUAGAACCUUGAUCCUAAGAAGCAUCUGGAAAGCACUGUAAGAAAUCAGCAUCCCCGUGUUCCGUGCUGCCUUCCGCUGGGUCACACCACAGACUCCUGGCAGAGCCACCGGGCCAGCUCAUCCUUGGUCUUUCAAGAAAGGUCAGGGCUGCCGACAAGCUGUCUCCUUGUGGACGGGGAGAGAGGAGAAGGCUGGGAUCCAGCUGGGAUCCCAGUCCACACACAUCCUUGCCUGGGCUUUCCUGAUUAAAGGUUGUCUCGGCUUUCUCAGGC